AUGUCCGCCGCAAAGAACCGCGCUCAGCAGCUCAUCAACGACAACGCUGUUGUUGUUUUCUCCAAGUCUUACUGCCCCUACUGUGACUCCUCGAAGAAGCUCCUCGAUGGCUUGAGCGCCAAGUACACUACUCUUGAGCUGGACCUUGAGGAGGAGGGAUCCGCUAUCCAGGCUGCCCUCGCUGAGAUCUCCGGCCAGCGCACUGUGCCCAACAUCUUCAUCAAGCAGAAGCACAUCGGUGGUAACUCCGACCUCCAGGCCAAGUCGGACCUCAAGGAGCUUUUGCAAGAGGCUGGUGCCGUUUAA